AUGGACAGGAGACAUGGAAAGUACACAGUGACUACGGAGCCCUCCGGAAUCCAGCUGGUAUGUGCGGGUCCAAAUGCCCAAGAGGCCCACAGCUCCACUGACUGGUGUCCACCUCCAAAUGACAUCACUGGCAAUGUCUCUUCCAACCUGCCUGGGGUGUGGAGGAACCCCACAAUCCACACACAUGCAGGAUGCCUACACUCAGAACCACCCAAUCCACAGGCGAAUGAAAAUUGCUGCAGUGACUGGUCUCUCUGCAAAGUCUUCCUGGCCUGCCUCCUUGCCUGUGUAUUGACGACAGCAAUAGGAGUCCUCAUACUGUCCCUGGUGAAAAAUAAAGCAACCAAUUCUUCCAUUGUUAUCCAGCUACUCCCAAAUGGACAGCCUACAAUUAUUGCAUCUGGAACAACCACUGCGACUGCUCAACCUGCAGUGCCCGUUGCUCCAGGAGAAUCUACAACCAUAGGGGCAUCCCCGGCCACUACAACCACAGCACCUACCACCACGAUUCCAACUCAGCUCCCAAGUACAUCCACUUCAACAGAGUCUCCAACCACUGCAACAUCCACAGCCACUACAGCCGCCACCACAGCCUCAACUCCGCAGCAAACCACAACAGCCACCUCCACCAGGAAACCAAGAGCCACACGUAAAACUACUUCCACAGGACCUACCACCAGUGCGACAACACGCAUUACAAAGAAAGCCACCACCAGAACAUCAACUUGA